AUGACUACUAUUCAUCCAUUGUCGUCUUUAAUGACUUUACCGGAGUUGGAUAUAUUUGGUGUCCCUCCAACUCAAUUAAUGAUUGAAAAAGAUAUACAAACAGAUCACAGACCGCUAACUACAAUAAAAGCUGAUUCACCCAUUGAAUUUGAAAUAACUACUGGAAUCAAUGAAUAUAUCAAUUUAAAUAAAUCUGAAUUGUACCUAUGUUUGCAAAUUGAGUUAACUAAAACUGAAUCACCCGAUAUUACGGCUGACGAUUGGAAAAAAAUAUCACCCGUUAAUUAUUUAUUAAACUCAUUUAUAAAACAAAUAGAUGUAAAAAUAGGUCAAACAACUAUCACCAGUUCAUCUAUUAAUUAUCCAUAUAUUGCUUAUUUUGAUGCAUUACUUAAUACAUCUUCUCAAUCAAAGUCAACACAUAUGCAAACAUCAAUGUGGGUUAAAGAUAGUUACCCAUUUAAUGAUCAUAACUUAGAGCGACAAAAACGGUUAUCACCAAAAGGUAAAAAACUAGCAGUUAGCCGUCAUAUUGAAUUGUAUGGAAAAUUACAUUUGGAUUUAUCUCAACAAUUAAAAUCACUAAUAGGUGGUGUAACUAUUAAUAUAAAAAUACAUCCAAACUCUCCCGAUUUCUACUUAAUGUAUGAUAAAUCUAUUGUUCCAAAAGUUAACAUUAUAGAUACUAGACUUUAUAUUCAUCGGUCAAUUGUUCAUUCACAAGUAGUACUAGCACAUAAUAAAAUGCUUGAAGAAGAUAAACCUGCACUAUAUUUUAUUACCCGCCGUGAAGUAAAAACAUGUACUAUACCAAAGGAUAGUAUUGAUUAUUGUUUGAAUAAUGUUGAGAGUGGUGUUCUACCUAGGAAGCUGUAUAUAUCAUUUGUUAGUAAUGAUGCUUAUAACGGCUCUCAAACACUUAAUCCAUUUUAUUUUAAACACUAUAGUUUACGGCAUAUUGCUUGUUAUUUAAAUGGUCAACAGUACCCGCAUAAACCGUAUACACCUGACUUUCAAAAUGAUAAAUAUAUUAGAGAAUACUUUAGUUUAUUUGAAGUUAGUAAUCAGCUGAGCCAUACUACUUGUGACAUUACAAAAGAUGAAUUUGCCGAAGGUUUUUCAAUAUUUGCAUUUAAUUUCAUACCUGACCUAUCAGAUGGCGUUGCAAAAAGUGGUUAUGUAUCUCCAUUACAAAGAGGUGGACUUAGAAUUGAAUUAAAAUUUAAUUACCCUUUAGCCGAACAAAUAACUGCUUUAAUAUAUUGUGAAUACGAUAGUUUAAUUGAAAUACAGAAAAACCGAUUUGCUGUUAAAGACUUUUCAUGA